AUGAACUUAAUUAUAAUUAUAUUAAUUAUCUCUGCAGCCCUCUCAAUUGUCUUAGCUGUAGUGUCAUUCUGAUUACCCCAAAUAAACCCAGAUGCAGAAAAGCUAUCCCCUUACGAAUGUGGCUUUGACCCACUAGGAUCUGCACGACUACCAUUUUCCCUACGCUUCUUCCUAGUCGCUAUUUUAUUUUUACUGUUCGAUCUAGAAAUUGCUCUCCUACUCCCACUACCUUGAGGCAACCAACUACCUGACCCAUCCUACACACUCCUAUGAGCCGCAACCGUACUAAUUCUACUUACACUGGGCUUAAUUUAUGAAUGAAUUCAAGGGGGCCUAGAAUGGGCUGAAU